GGAUGUGCUCACGCCUCCUGAGCCGACAGCCAAUCACAAGCUGCAAAGCGUCCUGUUCUGACGCCAGUUCCGUUGUGUGUUGCCGGCAGGCUUGAAGAGGAAUCUUGUCACUUUGUGCUGACUAUCUGGCAGCGGUUCCUUUAAAUCUGCACGCCAGACCUCCAGGCAGUCGCCCCCUGCUCUUACACAAUGCCCUUUGACUUUAGAAGAUUUGAUAUCUACCGGAAAGUGCCCAAAGACUUGACACAGCCCACGUAUACAGGAGCUAUAAUUUCCAUCUGCUGUUGUCUCUUUAUUACGUUCCUCUUCUUGUCCGAGCUCACUGGAUUUAUUGCCAAUGAGAUUGUUAACGAGCUCUAUGUUGAUGACCCCGAUAAGGAUAGUGGCGGGAAAAUAGAAGUGACUCUUAAUGUCACGUUACCCAACCUCCCUUGUGAAGUGGUGGGACUGGACAUUCAAGAUGAAAUGGGAAGACAUGAAGUUGGUCACAUUGACAAUUCUAUGAAGAUCCCUCUAAAUAAUGCACAUGGCUGCAGAUUUGAAGGGUUUUUUAGUAUUAAUAAGGUUCCAGGAAACUUCCACGUAUCUACACACAGCGCCAUGGCCCAGCCAGCAAACCCUGACAUGAGACAUAUUAUUCACAAGCUGAGCUUUGGUAAAACAUUGCAGGUUGAAAACAUUCAUGGUGCUUUCAAUGCCUUAGGAGGAGCAGAUAAACUGGCCUCAAAAGCUCUGGAAUCCCAUGAUUAUGUCCUAAAGAUUGUGCCGACUGUCUAUGAAGACAUGAAUGGGAUGCAGCAAUUUUCAUACCAAUAUACAGUGGCUAAUAAGGAAUAUGUUGCAUACAGCCAUACAGGACGCGUAGUACCCGCCAUCUGGUUCCGGUAUGACUUGAGUCCAAUCACUGUCAAAUACACAGAGAAGAGACAGCCAAUGUACAGGUUUAUAACCACAGUUUGCGCCAUCAUCGGGGGAACAUUCACAGUUGCUGGGAUUUUGGACUCUUUCAUUUUCACAGCUUCAGAAGCCUGGAAAAAAAUCCAGCUCGGGAAGAUGCAGUAGGGAAUGUUUACCCCCGCGCCGUUUUAUUGCGGGACGGACCAAUCGGAAGAAACACCAAUACAUUAGGAAACAAAUUUUUGGGUUUAUUGUUAUUUAGAAUCUAAAUGAUGAGCAAAUGCAAUAUCUCAGACGUAGCCUCCUUGAGUAUUAACUCACAUCAUUUGUUUACAUGCUCUGUAGAAUGGCCAGCAGCCAUUGUGUUUGUCUGUGUGUAGUGGCUCAGUUAUUUUAGCCUAAUGUGGGACAACAACAAAAAACAUUGGCUGGUACUCCAGCUGUGCUAGAACUAUAACUCUCAGCAUCCCAUUACUUGCCUUGCUAGUAGUGCGAGAUCCUGAGUGUUGUAGUAAUGCAGUAUUAGCAGUGUCGCAAGUUGCCUAUCCCUGACCUAAUGUGACUUAAAUGCUGCGUUGCUUAUAAUGUAACAUUGGGCCUACUAUUCAUGCUCCUAUUCACUCAACACUCAUGUUACAGCUGCUGCACACUGAGCUUUUAUACAAGUCAUGCAGGGACUUUUAGGGGGACAGCUUUGAUCAGCAUACAAUAACCAUUUUUCUUUAGAAUACAAUAUAGAUUAAGAACAUUACAAA